AUGUCCACUCCCGACGGCUCCGCGGCGCCUGACAAGUCCCAGAACAGCUCGAGUCAAGAUGCUUCAACUUCCUCGUCGGCCAAUGCCAUCACUCCCAAAGGGCGCAAAGUGAUUGUGUCAACGCCAGAAGCAAAACGCUUGCUGCUUUUCAGAACGCCGAAAAGGCAUUGGGCUAGGAUGAAGCAAUGGUACAGCGAUGUCAAGGCCCUGACAUAUCCGGGAAACCACCGGGACUGCUGGCUCUAUCCAAUGCCAUACAAGAAGAAGUAUCAGGGGACAAUCCGCAAGACGUUCGCACACACCGACGAAAAAGUCUCCUACAAGGCCGGUCUUCCUUUCGGUAUAGUUGCAUUACUCAUCCGGUACCAACUGACGCGCGAGCAAAAGAAGAACAUUGUCAAAGGCUGGGAACUUAGUCACCUAUGUGGAAACUGGACAUGCUGCAAUUGGCGUCAUUUCACAAUCGAAGACCACAGCACGAAUGUGAACCGGAAUCGCUGCUUCCGCCAUCGCCAAAGGUGUCAGCAUACCCCACGGUGCAUGAUCUACAAGAAGAAGCCUCUGUCAGAGCUGACUCCUUCCCCGCCCGCUUCCCAGGAGAGUUCUCAGGAUGCCUCCGAAGCGCCGGCGACCCCCUUCCGUCAACCGCCAAAUUGA